AAACAAAUCACUAUCAGAAGCGAUUUUGCAAAUAAGGUUAUUUGUAGUGGACUGAAAUUUUCAAUAAUUUGAAUAAGUUUCUAAAAUUCUUAACUGCAUCGGCGAUAAUGACAUCGGAAAGUGAACCAAAGUACCUUGCCAUCAAGUGUUUUACCUGUUUUCGCGUUUCAAAGCGUCGAAUACCGAUCUUUGUGGUAACGCGCCAACCGGGCCAGGACCCGAAGGCCGUUGUCCUUGAGCUUUUGGAAGAGCACUUCUGGUUCGCGCGUAGCGACUUUCGAGUGGACCACAUACUAUGUGAAGAUUGCUGGAAACAAUUGAGCGAGUUCAAUCGAUUCUAUUUGAAUGUGAAACGGAACCAUGCUACCCGCGGUGAGUUCUCACCAUGGAUAGACGACGAUGGAGUUUGUUUUACCUGCCUGGUUUCAACGGACGAUCAAACGUCGAUCUUAAUGGCUGCGACAGCAAACGAGUUGUCCUUGGAGACUGUCGUAUCUGAACUUUUGGUUCAACAUUUUGGUUUCAAGCUGAGCGAUUUCAGUCCCAAACAUGCGAUAUGUAGAGCUUGUUUGAACCACCUGGUCGAAUUUCAUUCUUUCUAUUUGGAUGUGAAGCAAAAUCAUGCUUCCCUGGAGGAGCCACCAAUUUUGGUCGAAGACGAUUCUCAGACGAGCGAAGAAGAAAAGGAUGAAGAAGAACAAUCCGAGGAGACGGAAGACCAGGAAAAAAACACCGAACAAGGGUCGACUACCGAUGAAUCUAGUGACUACGAUUCUGACGUAAUAGAACAAACCGAUCCGUUGGAGGAGUCGGAUACUUCGGCGGACGAACCGGAAUCGAUUGCGCCAGUGUCAUCGAUGGGGAAAAAAGAGGGAGAUGCUAUUAUCCAGGCUCACAUGCAUUUCUCGUGCACGAUUUGCAACGACAAAUGUGAUUCGUUUGUGGCUUUGAAAAGCCACAUGGUCGACAAACACGACGCGAAAGCUUGUGUACCCUGCUGUGGUAAAAAUUACCACCACAAAAGAGAUCUGUUGCUCCACGCGAUUGAUAUGAGAGACAGGCAAACGUUUCGCUGUGGCCGUUGUUAUCGGAAGUUUGAGACAAAAGAACGAAAAGAAAGACACAUGAAAGGACACGAGAACAAGGACAACAGGGCAUAUAAAUGCAAGAAAUGCGGAAAAACGUUCGCAUUCCGGGGUCCUUAUAAAGAUCAUUUGAAUGAGACGCAUGGCAAGGCAGAUAUUUUUGUCUGUAAAAUCUGCGACCAAACAUUCACCUCCAAUAGACGAUUGCAACGGCACACGAAAACGCACAAGGGGAAAACCAAAGAAUGGUACUGCAAACUCUGCGAAAAGACGUUCACAGAUUUGAGCAGCUAUUCGGCACAUAUGGGAAGCCAUACCGGUCCAACGGUAUGCGAAGUGUGUGGCGAAACGUGCGCCAAUGCCACUGCCCUCAGCCGUCACCAGUAUAAUAAACAUUCGCAAAGAGAAGUUUGACUUGAAGGAAAAUAAACAUCUCUCGAAUGAAA